AUCAGUGUUGUGUCGGUGUCUCACUCUGUCUGUGAGCAGUUAAAUGGCAGAAUCCAGUGUUUCUGUGGCACAGGAUCAGUUAAGCUGUUCAUUGUGUCUGGAUCUCCUAAAGGAUCCAGUCUCCAUUCCCUGUGGACACAGUUACUGUAUGAGCUGCAUCACAGACUGCUGGAAUCAGGAGGAUCAGAAGAGAGUCUACAGCUGCCCUCAGUGCAGACAGACCUUCAGCCCCAGACCCGCUUUAGCUAAAAACACCAUGCUGGCUGAGGUGGUGGAGAAACUGCAGAAGAGCAAACUACAAGCUGCUGGUCCUGCUCAGAGUCCCGCUGCAUCUGGAGAUGUGGAGUGUGACGUCUGUACUGGAGCCAAAAACAGAGCCGUCAAGUCCUGUCUGGUGUGUCUGAACUCUUACUGUCAGACUCAUUUUCAGCGCCAUCAAGAACUGAAUCCAGGAAAUCAACACAGAGUGACUGAAGCCACUCACAAAUUGAAGGAGAUGAUCUGUCCUAAACAUGAGAAACCCCUGGAGAUCUUCUGCCGCACUGAUCACUGCUGUAUCUGCUCUCUGUGUGUGCUCGAUGGACACAAAAACCAUGACACUGUUUCAGCUGCAGCACAGAGGACUAAAAAACAGUGUCGGCUGAAGAAAACCCAGAGCAGAUUCCAGCAGAGACUCCAGGAGAGAGAGAAGGAGCUGGAGGAGCUGAGAGAGGCUGUGGAGUCUCACAAGCGCUCUACACAGGCCGCAGUGGACCACACUGAGAGGAUCUUCACUCAGCUCAUCUGCUGGAUUGAGAGAAGCCGCUCGGAGCUCACGCAGAUGAUCAGAGAUGGAGAAAAGACUGCAGUGAGUGGAGCUGAAGAACGACUGGAGCGACUGGAGCAGGAGAUCAAUGAUCUGAGGAGGAGAAACGCUGAGCUGGAGCAGCUUUCACACACAGAAGAUCACAUCCAUUUCCUCCAGAGUUUCCAGUCUCUCUCUGUCCCUCCUGGAUCUACAGACUCAUCCAGCUUUAUUAGCAGCUCGCAGCUCGCUUUUGAUCAACUUGCUAAAUCUGUGUCUCGUCUGAGAGACAAACUGCAGCAGUUCUGCACUGAGGAGAUGGAAACCAUAUCUAGAAGAGUGAGAAUCAUUAGCAUUAUUCCCCCUCCUGAACCACAGACCCGUGAGCAGUUCCUCCAGUAUUUCCAACAGUUCACCUUGGAUCCGAACACAGUGAAUAACAGGCUGGUUCUGUCUGAAGGAAACACAGUGGUGGAAAAUAAAGGUUCAGACCAGCCGUAUCCUGAUCAUCCAGACAGAUUUGAUCAUUGGCCUCAGGUGUUGUGUAGAGAGAGUGUGUGUGGACGCUCUUACUGGGAGCUGGAGUGUAGCAGUGCAAGUGUGUAUUUAUCAGUGUCAUAUAAGAGCAUCAGCAGGAAGGGUUUGGGUAAUGAGUGUCGAUUUGGAAACAAUGAUCAGUCCUGGAGUUUGUUCUGCUCUGAUAACAGUUUCUCGUUCUGGCAUGAUAAUAUAAAGACUAAUCUCCCUAAACCCUCCGUCAGCUCCUCUAGAAUAGGAGUGUAUGUGGAUCACAGUGCAGGAACUCUGUCCUUCUACAGCGUCUCUGACACAACAAUGAGCCUCAUACACACACUCCACACCACAUUCACACACACACUCUAUCCUGGAUUCUUCGUUUAUAUAGCAAAAGUGAAGAUCUGUGAUCUGACAGUGUAGAUGAUGCAGAUAUUGUAUAUGUAGAUGUGAGCGUUACACUUUACAAUAAGGCUUUAUUAACUUGCAUGAACUAUGAAUGAACAAUACUUGUACAGCAUUUAUUAAUCAGCUCAACAAAAACGUCUUUUUAAAAGCCAAAUUUUUUCUUGUUAACAUUAGUUAAUGCAUUGAGUUACUAACAUAAACAAACACGAAUAAAUACUGUAAUACAUAUAUUGUUUAUUGUUUGUUCGUGUUAGUAAUUAACACUAACUAAAGCAACCUAAUCAUAAAGUGUUACCCAUGUGUGAAUUAAAAUUAACUUUCAUCAAAUUCAUUGUAUUUUUAGUUCAUUACAAUUUUAUUCAUUAUUAAUAUACAUAAGUUGUAUGAGGCGACACAGUGGCGCAGUAGGUAGUGCUGUCGCCUCACAGCAAGAAGGUCGCUGGUUUGAGCCUCGGCUGGGUCAGUUGGCGUUUUAUAGGUUUUUUAUUUGUAAUAAAUUUGCAACAAUUUCAGAAACUCUUUUCACAUUGUCAUUAUGGGGGAUUGUGUGUAGAAUGUUGAGGAAAUCAAUUCAUUUAAUCCAUUUUGGAUCAAGGCUGUAGCAUAAACAAAUGUGGAAAAAGUGAAGCGCUAUCAAUACUUUCCGGGUGCACUGUAUGUCUGCUUUGGUAGUCUUUCCACUUCAUUCACUGUAUAUUUGACUUCAUAUUUUAAUUGUACACUAAAUGUCAAACCUCAUUUUCCCCUAGAUCAACAUCAGGAGUUUGUAACACUAUCCCAGAAAAAUGUGCAACAAAAUAAAACCUGUAUUAUACAAUUGAUUGAUUACAGUAAAUCAGUUUUGUGUGUGAUACAAUUGUUAUUGUUGAUGUUA